GAGUCUGUAUAACUCACGCCUGAGAAACAAUUGAUUGACCUCUCCUCUCUCUCUCUCUCUCUCUCUAUGCAUAUGUUCGUUUCAUCACAUCUGACUUGCUCUCAUUUUCCUUAUCAGCGAAAACGACGCUUGGGGUGACUACCCAUUUCAAGUAAUGCUCACAAGGAAAACAUUCGCAACGCUCUUUCAAACGCAAACUUUCCUCAACUUCGCUGCCACAUACCAUUAAUAUUGUCGUCCUCCACCAGAUUAACAGACGAGAGAUGAUAUCCAGAUCUAUCUUUCGAAGUUCAUCGCUUCGCAGCGCGAUCGCGCAUUCUUCCAACACUACCCCUCUCUUACAGCCAUUGUCUGUCACCCAAUACAAAUUACCAAGAUGGUCACAUCCAUCGAUCAAUCCAUCCCAUUCGCGAAGCUACCAAGGACGCAGGCAGAGAUACUACAGAUUUGAUCCUAAUGAAGCUCGAAAUGCACGUCCUCUCUUGACCGAGCAACAUAUCAGAAACUUCACAAAACAUCCUGCCUUACACUCAUUUAUAGCCCUAUUAGCUGUUGGUGGUAUAUUGAUUUAUGUCAGCAAUAUCGAGGAUGUGCCGGUCUCAGGAAGGAGGCGGUUCAAUAUAUACAGUCAUCAGGAUAUGGAAGCAGAAGGCCAAAUGAUGUAUGAACAGAUAUUACGGCAGUAUCACAAUCAUAUUCUUCCCGAUUGGGAUAAGAGGACCCAGAUGGUACAGAGAGUUAUGAGUCGACUAAUACCUGCAAGUGGUAUCGACAACGUAAAUUGGGAAGUAAAUGUGAUAGAGUCUCGAGAAAUGAAUGCCUUUGUUAUACCGGGAGGCAAAGUUUUUGUCUUUACGGGAAUACUGCCGAUUGCUAAAACAGAUGACGGCCUUGCUACAAUUCUUGGUCAUGAAAUUGCCCAUAAUAUCGCAAAUCAUUCGGGAGAAACAAUGAGUAAAACCGCGGUGUUUUAUAUGCCCUUACGGAUGUUGUUUCGAUUCUUGGAUGCCACAGGUUAUACUGGAGGUCUAGGUGACAUAUUGGGAGCUCUCGCACUUGAAUUUGGCAUGAAUUUACCAGCAUCAAGAAACCAGGAAACAGAAGCUGAUCAUAUUGGACUGAUGAUCAUGGCAAAGAGCUGUUAUGAUCCUCACGCAGCAGUAGGCGUAUGGGAGAGAAUGCAGGCCGCAGAGAAGAAUGCUCCACCUGAAUGGUUUUCAACUCAUCCAUCGAACAACAAUCGAAUAACACAAAUGCAAGAAUGGAUGUCUAAAGCGGAGGCUGCGAGAGACGAGAGUGGAUGUGCUCCCACUACGAAUCAUUUCAAGAGCUUUCGAAAUUCAUAUGGCGAGCUUUGGUCAUGAGUAUGAUCGUUAUGUUAUGUGUGCACCUGUAUGAGUACUUACAAAAAGGGGAGUUGCUUGAAAGUAAUGGGAUGGGUCGGAAAGCGCGAGGAGUUCAGCUGCCAGUGUGUGAAUAGUUUGGGCACGAAACAGGAUUUACUCUACUCCAAUUAUUAACAGAUUCUUGCUAGUAAGUCUAUUUUUCUACUGUCUUCACACCCCGACAGAGAACUGGUGAAUAAGAUUACGCAGCUACAUCGGACACUUGUUGUAAUCCAUCAAUACAGAACAUGCCCUACUGAGUGCACUAUUCACAUUUUGACUUGUUUGUGGUCAUCCCGCUUCAUAAUUCAUUAUCCGGGUUUAAUCAAGUAGUAAUUUUCCAAGCAUGGAGUCUCUUAAUGAGAAACUCUGAUUUCACAUUCAAAAGUGGCAUAACUAGCCUCGUAUAGUAUCUCUAGCGGGACACCGACAGUAUACAAUCUUUUCAAUAUUCAAAAUUCACCCAGGCAAUCAUUAUUUGGGAUUGGAAUUUGAAUAAAGGAACUCAUAAACUUCAAAUCCAACAAACAUUUUAUAUCAUUUAUAUUUUGAAUGAACAUGUAUAUCACUAAAAAGUAUUUAGAAUAUAAGUGUUUUCAGCGUAUGAUUAUUUGGGUGAUUCGAUAUCCCGGGGUUUCCAUCCCUUCUAGAAAGUAUUACAUCUAGGAUCGACUUUCUAAAAGGCAAUACGUCCCGCUAUCGCAAAAGAGUCUUGAGUUGCACUGCAGCCGCUAGAUCACGUGCACGCCAGUGAUACACACCGCUUCUGGCCUUAUGAACGAUUGGACCCAGAUGAUCGCAUGAGGUAUUGCGUGCAUUCUAUUGCGGGGUGGGUGUCUCUUUCAGAGUGGUCAACCACUUUGAGGUUACAUAUAUUGGGUCCACACCGCUAGAUAUCACCCCGCGGCUACCCUUUCAAUCAGUUUUUGGA